AAGCUAAAUGAUACCCUCUUCACUCAUAUCCAUCCUCAUCCUUCUCAUCGUUUUCUGGAAUAGCUAUUGUUUACUUUCUUUUCAAAUAUCUUGGUAUAGUAUGAUUAUUAUAUAAGUGGAAAUAGGAAAUAUCACCAUUAGCGACAGGCUCCCACAGGUGGACAAUUUUCAGGUUCGGGAUGAGUUUCCCCGGAUCGUCAACUGCGCCGUCCCCAAUUCCCCGCAAUCCAAGCCCACGGUCCCUUGUCUUGGAAGUUGGAAAUGCUACCCCGUACCUGGGUUGUGGGAACUUACCAUCGGGGAAAUUUUUGGACAAGGGGAAUGGCGACGCGUUAUCCUGACCGAAGUGACGUCUUAAGAGCUGAUAAAAUGGCGAGGCGCCCUCGGGUUUUAAUUGAAAGCUGAGAGCCACUGUGGGUGUUAGCUACCCUUGUCUGAGUGAGGCACAGCGAAUUAUCGCACACAAUGACGAUUCGUUCAGUUGCCAUCACGGCACUUGUGGCCGCUGUCAGUGUCACAGCUCAAGAUACUACAGUCGAUAUUCCUAGCGACCUUGCGACGCGAUCACUCGUACCGGAUGUUUACGGGUACUCAAUUGAACCGGUAUGGGUUCACGACUACGUCACCACGCCUCUAGCCGCAAACCUCCUAAGCAUCAUCGCGAAUGUAACGGGCAAAGCGCCCCCUAUUCGCGUGGGCGGGAACACGGCCGACCAGACGUAUUUCUACGAUACACUUUCGACUGGAAAUGAUUCAGUCGCAAUUCCAGCACCUCUCACUGCGAAAGUUUUCAACAUCACGCCAAGUUGGUACGAUAGCUGGGCGGGAUACUUCCCCGACGGCACUGGUUUUGUAUAUACGCUAAAUUUGGCUGUCAAUACCUCCGCAUGGUCCAUCGCGGUCGCGGAGGCGGAAGCUGCGCACGCGGCGCUCGGCGAUAAGCUCACACUAUUCGAGCUUGGCAACGAGAUUGAUCAUUUCAUCCACAAGGGAUGGCGAGAUUCCUCUUGGGACGUGGCCUCGUAUAUCGACCAAUUCCGAAACCUUACCGGCCAGAUCAGAAACUCCGAGUGGUACACAGGAGUCGAAGAAGCGAAGCGACCCAAGUUCCAAGCUGCGGUGUUCGCUGACCCGCCUUGGGUUCCAGACCAGCAGGACGAGAUUGAUGAUUUCAGCAUUGCGAAUUUGACCGGCAACGGAGAGGGAGGUAUUGUGGAGAGACCGGAGGAUAAGGAGAUUAUCGGCAGCUAUGCGACGCAUUUGUACCCUCAGUCCACGUGCGAUACGCCGCGCUGGUUAAGGAUGCGGUUGGAUCUGUUGUCAAAUCAUACGACGCUUUGGUUGAAUGUAUCGCAAUAUGUGCCGCAAGUCGCCGCGGCCGACAAAGCUGGCGCGCCUCUCGUCAUGGGCGAGACAAACUCCGUAUCCUGCUCCGGCAAGAGCGGCAUCAGCGAUACCUUCGGCGCUGCCCUCUGGGGUGUGGAUUACGUCCUCAUGGGAGCUUCCAUCGGUAUCAAGAAGACUUACUUCCACCUCGGCGCUCAAAGCGAGUACUCUGCCUUCACACCCAAGUCCUACGAACUCAAGAAUGAGACACUUGCCCCUGGUAUACGAGCGAAUUGGUAUGGACACUACUUCGUCGCGAAAGUAGCCGCCGCCCAGAACAGUCAGAAUCUCAGCAUCGUUGCUCUACCAGCGGCUAAUACUAGUUCAUUAAGCGGAUACGCGGUGUAUACCGGCGAAGAGCAACAGCGAUCGCUUAGCAAACUGGUAUUCCUCGAUAUGGGCGUCUGGAAUGGAACAGAGGGACUAAGCAAUAAUUCUACUCUAAAAGCAACGGAUGGCACCGUGUUCAGUGAGGGCGAGAGGCCGUCUAGUACUAUUCGCGUCGCAACAUCGUGGUCUUCUGGACGAAACGUUAGCGUUACAAGGCUUACCGGCCCGGGAACUAAUGCUAAGAGCGGUGUUGCCGUUUCGGGUGUUACGUUUGACCCGGCGACUGGCGACAAGACUGGCGAGGAGAAAGUAGAAAGUGUCUCGGUGGGAGAGAAUGGACAGGUGGAGUUUAGUAUUAAGAGGGCCGAGGGAGUGUUGCUUGAGGUUGUGGAUGCGUCUAGUUCUGGUAAUCCUAAUGGAUCUAGCCCCGUUGACACUUCUGGGGCAGAGAGAGUGAGGCUUUGGGGUGGAUUGGCAGUUACUAGUAUUGCUGCUGGGUUUAUUGGCAUUUGGUAAAAUUAGAGGAUGAAUAAUUGAAUAUUGAAUGACUUCGAUUGAAUAACUUUGAAUACAAUAGAAAUCUAAUUUCUGUAUAAAAAACCAUACACUAUGCUGACGAUUUUUAUAAACAUCCUGAAUACUUCAACCAUUAUCACUGC